GGAGGAAACUACGUUUCGCCGGCCGCCAUCUUGGCUUUUUCUGUUUUUUCUGCCCGUCUUCCUCGCUGGAGUCCGGCCCCUCGGAGACUCUGCGCAGGUUCGCAGCGGCGUGUUGUUGUUUUCAAAGCGACCCGCCGAGGUUAUGAUGACGGGCGGGACCGAGUUUCACAAGAACUACAACAGCAGCAAGGACCCCGAGACCCGAAUGGACGCGGACCUGGACUCGAGUCACAUGGGGAGCGAGCGCGGCGACCUGGACGGCGGCGUCCCGGCGGCGUGCUCCUCUAACGGCAGCGGCGGGGAGGAGGACGAGGCGGAGGCCCUCGGCCGUUUGAGAGAAGCCAGGGGCUCGAGUAGUCACCACGCCCCGGACGGAGGCGAGGUGUUCUGCGGCGGCAGGGAGCAGGAGGUGUCGGUCGAAAUCGGAGAGACGUAUUUAUGUCAACGAGCCGACAAGACAUGGCACACGGCGGAGGUCAUUCAGUCCCGGCUGAACGAGCAGGAGGGAAGAGAGGAGUUCUAUGUGCACUACGUGGGAUUCAACCGGCGCCUCGACGAAUGGGUGGGCAAGGCCCGCCUGGCGCUCACCAAGACGGUGAAGGACGCGGUGAGGAAGAGCGUGGAGAUCGGCAUCGUCGGGGAUUUGGGCGAACAGCCCGAACGGAAGAUCACCCGCAACCAGAAGCGCAAGCACGACGAGAUCAACCACGUGCAGAAGACGUACGCAGAGAUGGACCCGACGACAGCCGCCCUGGAGAAGGAGCACGAGGCGAUCACCAAAGUAAAAUAUGUAGACAAGAUCCAGAUCGGGAACUUCGAGAUCGACGCCUGGUACUUCUCGCCGUUUCCCGAAGACUACGGCAAGCAGCCCAAGCUGUGGAUCUGCGAGUACUGCCUUAAAUACAUGAAGUACGAGAAGACCUUCAGACACCACCUGUCCCACUGUCAGUGGAAACAGCCUCCAGGCAAAGAGAUCUACAGAAGAAGCAACAUCUCCGUGUUUGAAGUGGACGGGCGGGACCACAAGAUCUACUGUCAAAAUCUUUGUCUUCUAGCGAAACUGUUUCUGGACCACAAGACGCUUUAUUUCGACGUGGAGCCGUUUAUCUUCUACAUCCUCACGGAGGUCAACAAGCAGGGGGCGCACAUCGUGGGCUACUUCUCCAAGGAGAAGGAGUCUCCAGACGGGAACAACGUGGCGUGUAUUCUCACGCUGCCUCCGUACCAACGCAGAGGCUACGGGAAGUUCCUCAUCGCUUUUAGUUACGAGCUGUCGAAGCUGGAGAGUGCAGUCGGCUCUCCAGAGAAGCCGCUGUCAGACCUGGGGAAGCUGAGCUACAGGAGCUACUGGUCCUGGGUCCUGCUGGAGAUCCUGAGGGACUUCAGAGGGACGCUGUCCAUCAAAGACCUCAGCCAGAUGACCAGCAUCACACAGAGUGACAUCAUCAGCACGCUGCAGUCGCUCAACAUGGUGAAGUACUGGAAAGGUCAGCAUGUCAUCUGUGUGACGCCCAAACUGGUGGAGGAGCACCUGAAGAGCGCCCAGUACAAGAAACCACCAAUCACAGUGGACACUAUGUGUUUGAAGUGGGCGCCCCCCAAAAACAAACAGGUCAAGAUGUCCAAGAAGUGAGAGGCGGCGGCACGCGUCCAGUUUUUAUAUCGUCUGCCAAGCUCCCCGUUGUGUCCUCACCUCCAACCAGCUGCUGUCCUGAACCCUCGUUGUAAAUAGUCAUUAGUAGCAUCUGUCGGUAUUUUCUUAAAAUAUGUCAACAAACUAAAACUGACGUGUCCUUCUUUCUUGAGCGUGAAAAGUCCAACAUCCUCUUUUCAACACGUUUGUGUACGGAGAAUAAUCUGUCGGUAAAUUCAACUGUUGUUAUUAUUAUUAUAAAUUGUUUUAACCAUCA